GGGCUUUUGGUAUUUUUCCCAGGGAGUUUUUUCUCCCCCCAGUUCCUCACUGGUAGUGAAACUGCUUCCCUAACAAUGCCUUCCUCUUUUUCUGAUGAGGUGCCGAUUCUGGUCUGCCAUUCAGCAGUCUUCCGGUAGUGGUUAAGUGGUCAACAGUGUUUUUCUGGGAGUUGAUCUCAGGUUUUCAAGAAUGUCCCCUAGAGACCCAGCGUGUUUUCGAUGUAAUUACAAGAGCUUUCAGAAUAGCCUGGCUUUUCUCAUGGAUAUGGUCACGGAAUGGGUACCUGUUUGAUCUUCCUGCGCUGCUGGGAAAUCUCCCUUUUGGGACGAGGGUUAGGUCCAGGCAGAGGCCAGCUGCUGAGGCCUGGUGAAAAGUAAUCAAGUGCAAUAAUGUUCUGCAGUAAAAAGAAAUCACCUGAAGUGGAACGGAUUGUGAAAGCCAAUGAUCGUGAAUAUAAUGAAAAGUUCCAGUAUGCAGAUAAUCGUAUCCACACAUCCAAGUACAACAUUCUCACCUUCUUGCCAAUUAAUUUAUUUGAACAGUUCCAAAGAGUGGCAAAUGCCUAUUUCCUUUUCCUUCUGAUUUUACAGCUGAUCCCAGAAAUUUCCUCCUUGACCUGGUUUACCACUAUUGUGCCUUUGGUCCUGGUGAUAACUAUGACAGCUGUAAAAGAUGCUACAGAUGACUAUUUUCGCCACAAGAGUGAUAAUCAAGUGAACAAUCGGCAAUCUGAAGUGCUCAUCAACAGCAAACUGCAGAAUGAAAAAUGGAUGAAUGUCAAAGUGGGAGACAUCAUUAAAUUAGAAAAUAACCAAUUUGUUGCCGCUGAUCUGCUUCUCCUAUCAAGCAGUGAGCCGCAUGGCCUGUGUUAUAUUGAAACUGCUGAGCUCGAUGGGGAAACGAACCUUAAAGUCCGCCAUGCUUUAUCAGUUACCUCAGAGCUUGGAGCAGAUAUUAGCAGACUUGCAGAGUUUGAUGGUGAAGUUCAUGAUGACCAGAGGCAGAAUACAGACAUAACUAAGAAAAGAAAGGCUGUGGAUUUCUCAGCCAACCUCCAGGUAGAUCGGACAUUUCAGUUCUUUGACCAUCAUCUCAUGGAAUCCAUUAAGUCGGGUGAUCCCAAAGUGCACGAAUUCCUUAGGUUACUGGCUCUCUGCCACACUGUGAUGCCCGAGGAAAAUAGUGCGGGAGAGCUGAUUUACCAAGUUCAGUCGCCUGAUGAAGGGGCUCUAGUGACUGCUGCAAGAAAUUUUGGGUUCAUUUUUAAGUCCCGGACUCCAGAGACAAUAACAAUAGAAGAAUUGGGAACAUUGGUUACUUAUCAAUUGCUUGCCUUUUUGGAUUUUAACAAUAUCAGAAAAAGGAUGUCUGUUAUAGUUAGAAACCCGGAAGGACAGAUAAAGCUUUAUUCCAAAGGAGCAGACACUAUUUUGUUUGAAAAACUUCAUCCAGCCAAUGAAGACCUUCUGACUUUGACGUCUGACCAUAUCAGUGAAUUUGCAGGGGAAGGACUUCGAACCUUGGCCAUCGCAUACAGGGAUCUGGAUGACAAGUACUUUAAAGAGUGGUUUAAGAUGCUGGAAGAUGCAAACGUUGCCACAGAUGAGAAGGAUGAGCGGAUAGCUGGACUGUAUGAAGAAAUUGAAAGGGACUUGAUGCUUCUAGGUGCCACUGCUGUAGAAGAUAAGUUACAAGAGGGUGUUAUUGAAACGGUUACAAGUUUGUCACUAGCCAAUAUUAAGAUCUGGGUCCUAACAGGAGACAAACAAGAAACUGCCAUCAACAUUGGCUAUGCUUGCAACAUGCUGACUGAUGACAUGAAUGAUGUGUUCAUUAUAGCAGGGAACACGGAAGUGGAAGUCAGAGAAGAACUCAGGAAAGCAAAGGAAAGUUUGUUUGGACAACAAAACAGAAGCUUUUCCAACGGCCAUGUAGUUUUUGAAAAACAGCGGCAGCUAGAGCUGGGCUCAGUUGCAGAAGAAACUGUAACAGGAGAUUAUGCCUUAAUCAUAAAUGGCCACAGUUUGGCUCUUGCCCUCGAAAGUGAUGUCAAGAAUGAGCUUCUCGAACUUGCCUGCAUGUGUAAGACUGUGGUGUGCUGCCGAGUUACGCCUCUCCAGAAAGCCCAAGUAGUAGAGCUGGUGAAGAAACACAGAAAUGCUGUCACUUUGGCCAUAGGUGAUGGAGCCAAUGAUGUCAGCAUGAUCAAAAGUGCUCACAUUGGUGUUGGCAUCAGCGGCCAGGAAGGACUGCAGGCAGUUUUAGCCAGCGACUAUUCAUUUGCACAGUUUAGCUAUCUCCAAAGGCUUCUCCUUGUCCAUGGAAGGUGGUCCUAUUUCCGAAUGUGCAAAUUCUUGUGCUACUUCUUCUAUAAGAAUUUUGCGUUCACACUUGUGCAUUUCUGGUUUGGUUUCUUCUGUGGUUUCUCAGCCCAGACUGUCUAUGACCAGUGGUUCAUUACCCUUUUUAACAUUGUCUACACAUCACUGCCUGUUUUAGCCAUGGGGAUUUUUGACCAGGACGUGAAUGACCACAACAGCAUGGACUGUCCCCAGCUCUAUGAACCUGGACAGCGGAAUCUACUUUUUAACAAGAAUAAAUUUUUCAUCUGCAUGGUACACGGAAUCUACACCUCGUUAACCCUUUUCUUCAUCCCCUAUGGGGCCUUUUACAACAUGGUCGGAGAAGAUGGGCAGCACGUUGCUGACUACCAGUCUUUUGCAGUUACCAUGGCCACAUCAUUGGUCAUUGUGGUCAGUGUGCAGAUAGCCUUGGACACCAGUUACUGGACUGUCAUUAAUCACGUCUUCAUCUGGGGCAGCAUUGCCACUUAUUUCUCCAUUUUAUUUGCAAUGCACAGUAAUGGCAUGUUUGACAUCUUCCCAAACCAGUUUCCUUUUAUUGGAAAUGCACGCAAUUCCCUUACCCAGAGGUGCGUCUGGCUUGUUAUUUUCCUAACAACAGUGGCUUCAGUUAUGCCAGUGGUGGCACUCAGAUUUUUGAAGGUGGAUUUAUUCCCAACCCUGAGUGAUCAGAUCCGCCAGCGGCAGAAGGCUCAACGGAAAGCAAGGCCACCAUAUAGCCGAAGGCCUCAGACUCGUAGAUCAAGCUCAAGAAGGUCUGGAUAUGCUUUCGCUCACCAAGAGGGCUAUGGGGAGCUUAUCACAUCUGGAAAAAAUAUGCGAGCUAAAAGUCCACCCCCAACUUCAGGGGUGGAAAAGACACCGUAUAAUAGCACUAGCUGGAUUGAAAAUUUAUGUAAGAAAACCACAGACACCAUGAGCAGCUUUAGCCAGGAUAAAACAGUAAAACUGUGAGUCAAGAUGAAUUUCAACCACACAGUUAUCUUUUCACUUCACCUGGAGCUGAAAUUCAUCUGGCUCCGGAGUUUGGGAUCAGGAGCUAGGAGUGGGGCAGAUUGCCUCACUUAACUUAAAUCCAUGCAGACAGCUGCUGGUGCCGUCAAAUAGAGGUGUACUCUACCGGAAAGCAAGCCAGGUGGUCACUAUCUAAUUCGUGAUUUGGCAGAAAAAACCCUCACGAUACAAGCACAGGUUUUUUAUCAACCUAGAUACCAACUGACCUGAACUUAGGAUCUUAUUUAUGGAGAAAAACUUGUAAAUCUUCAUAUACAUUGAAUAGACCUUCAGGUGGAUAAAAGGGUGCAUUCCAAAGGUAUAUAUCCCAGCUGAAAAGCAUUUUUGUUGAGAAACAAACACAUACAUGAAAGAUCAGCCUUUCCCAAGAUAUACUUUCAAGAUAUAAAAUUGUACUAAGGUACUUUCAGACUAAGAGGGGCUUGUCAGUCUUCAGUGUUAUCAGCCUGUGUGUUCAGUGAGAGCAAAAUCAAGUUCAUGCCUGAAGAACAGAGAAACGUGUUGGUGUCCCUCAUUUUUUCAUUAGUCUAGAGACCAAGUAGAUUGACCAUCUUUAUGGUGAGAUACGCUGGUAAUUCGGUCAAAUUUAUUCAAAAAGCUCUCAGGGACAUGUUCAUGAAAUGUCAAAAAAAGGCUAUCUAGCAAGUAUUCUAAAUACUUUUCAAUGACUUUUAUUACAACCUCAGUGGCUAUUUGCCCAGUGUCAUCCAGAACCAUUAAUGGGAGUAUCAAAGCAUUGGAAUUUCACACUUGAAUGACAGUAUUCCAUACAGUGUAUGGGAAAAUCCUUUCAACAUUUCCUAUUUUUAAAAGUUCCAUUUGAAACCAAACAAAUUAAUAAACAUUCUCUUCAAGAACUACUUAAAUAUUCAGGCUUAGGUCAUACAGAGUGAGUUGCUUUUGGUAUUCAGCUGUAAUGUUUAUAAUUCCAAUAUAUAAACAUAUGUAGGUGAGGUUGAUUUUUUUUUUUUGAGAUGUUCCAGUCCAAAUGUGAAUGAUCAGUAUAGUUCCCAUAAAAGAAUUCAGGCAGAUUUGUGUUCAAACUCAGCUCUAUUGCUUCUUACCUCUGUAAUGCUGAGCAGGUAACGUGCCUCCUCUGAGACUCAGUUUCUUCCUCUGUGAAAUGGGGAUACACUAUCUACCUCAUGUGGUUGGUUGAGGACUGUCAAAACACAAAUUCUCAAAUCAUUAAAAACAUAAUUCUCAUAUGAAUAGAUGAUGAGUUAAGUUCCAUUUGACUCAUCAUCAGAAUAACAGAGCAAUUUGAAGAGAAUGUGAAGAACGAGAAUUUAGUCAGUGGGAAAGGCCUUGAUGAAAUGAGAUUGCAAAGUAAGAUGUAAAACUGGUUAGUGUCCUAUAGGGAAAUAAAACUAAAACCUUGGAGGUGAAUUUCCCUACCAAAAGCAAAAAUAACUCAUCCUCAUGCCUUUUCAAUGUCUUACAAAUCAACCUUCAACUUUAUAGGGUCCUUAAUCUGGUCUGUAUUGAAUUAUUAGUCAAACAAAGUUGUAUGUCCCGAGAGAGUCUGAUAGCCCUUGUGUGGGCUUGAUGAAUAUUGAAUUAGCAUGAUAUUAAUAAAGCACACAAUCCUGGUG